AGAAAUCAUAUGAUCAUGGGAGAAGAACAAGAAGAAAACCCUAAUCUUGUCAAGGAGAUCCAGUUGAUAACCGGGUACGGGUUCCACGACCCGAUUCUCUUACAACAAGCGUUCACCCAUCACUCCUACGAGGAGGGUUGCUCCUCCUUUGAGUGGCUCGCGCAUGUUGGGGAUGCAGCUCUGCAUUUCUUCAUUACCAAAGAGCACUACUUUCUGUACCCGGAUUUGGACCCGGCUAGGCUCACCAGACUUCGGGCUGCCAACGCUGACACUGAGAAGCUUGCACGUGCGGCUCUGAGACACCGGCUGCAUGAAUAUCUACGACAUAAUAUACCUUUGCUUGCAAUACAAAUAAAUAAGUAUGUGGAAGCAAUGGUGGAUUAUCCUUUGCAUUCAUCAGGGUUGAUUGAUGCUCCAAAGGUGCUUGCUGACGUUGUUGAAUCCUUGAUUGGAGCCAUAUACAUUGACUCCAAAUCCUCCAUCCAAACAACAUGGAAGGUGGUGAAGAAUUUGCUUGAACCAAUAAUAACUCCAACAACUCUACCGAUACACCCGGUGACACAGCUACAAGAACUGAGCCAGCGCCACGAAUUCACAGUGAAAAUGAGAGACUUGUGGAGGGAAACCGGAGAAAUUGAAUUCACGGUAGACUGGAGAGUUCCUUGGGAGAGCCAAAUACAGUGCCAAGAGAGUUGUGGCCAAAUUUAGAGCAACACUCAUUUCAUACCACAAGCUUGUUGAAAAGCAUCUAUAAUCUUUGAAUUCGUUUUUUGAGUGUUUUGUUGUGUUUUGUAGAGAUAGAGAGAAAAAAACAAAGAUAAAUAAGUGUGUGUUAGAGAUAGUAUAUAUGUUUGAAUUUG